GUCAGUACAAUUUUCGCGCUCAACACGACAACAACGUUAGUCUAAUCGACUGUGAGCUCACUAGUUCUCAAGUGUGUCGGUUACAUUGUGAAGCCCGAAAAUCCUUGGAAAGCCCGAAACGGUUUUGGAGUGUUUACCCACCUACCUCUGGAAACAAACAGAAACAACAGGAAAAUACCGGCCGAAAAAGUCGGGAGUGAGCCACGCGCCAAUCCGCAUCUGUCGAGAACACCAUGUCAUGCCGAACUGAAUAAACCAAUAGUCCUAGUAGUAGUACUUUUACUGAUUUAAAACGUAAUUUAAACACGCAAAAUCCUGUCGAAAUGACUGUUGCAGCAGCGCCAAAAGCCGGUGGCGGGCUCAAGCGGGAGAUGGGCCUAAUGUCUGCCAUCAACGUGAUCAUCAGCGUUAUGAUUGGGUCCGGAAUUUUCGUGUCCCCAACCGGUGCCUUCAAGUAUGCCGGUAGCAUUGGCUUCUGCCUGGUGGUUUGGACCGUUUGUGGCGUGAUAUCGUUGUUGGGUGCGUUGUGUUUCGCCGAGUUGGGAACCGUGGUGCCGCGAUCCGGGGCCGAGUAUGCCUAUCUGAUAGAGGCUUUCAAAAAAUCACACAAAUUUUGGGGCCCGCUGCCUUCCUUCAUCUGCGCCUGGGUGUAUGUAAUGGUGCUGCGGCCGGCCGAGAUCGCUGUGAUCAUUCUCACGUUUGCAGAAUACUCAAUCUUACCGUUCAGCAAAGUGCUAGGGCUGAACGAACUUUCCCCGCAAGAUCUUCAUUUAUUAAUCAAAUUGAUUGCACUGUUAGGAUUAGGCAUCAUCACGUACAUCAACGUGAGCAGCGUCAAAUUGUACGUGACCAUCAACAACGUAUUCGGAUUCUGCAAGGUGGUGGCAUGUCUCGUCGUUAUAUUUGGUGGUAUCUACCAGCUGGCGAAAGGAAACACCGAGAAUCUAUCCCAUGGCUGGUUCGAUGGAACCAGCUUUUACCCUGGGCACAUUGCGUUGGCCUUCUACAACGGUCUAUGGGCUUACGACGGCUGGUCCAGCGUUACAACCAUCACAGAGGAGAUAAAAAAUCCUGAAGUUAACAUUCCGCGUUCAAUUAUAAUUGCCGUACCCAUCAUCACAGGGCUGUAUGUCUUCAUGAACUUCGCCUAUAUGAUCGUACUUUCGAAACCUGAUAUGAUCCACUCCGAAGCUGUCGGUCUAGACUUCGGCGAGAGUGCUUUGGGUUCGUUCGCUUUCUUAAUCCCACUCGGUGUGGCUCUGGCUACCUUUGGCUGUGCCCUCAGUAUACAGUUUGGGGUCACCCGAAUGUGUUACGUGGCUAGUAAAGAGGGACAGAUGCUUGAACCACUGUCAUAUAUCCAUGUGAAGCGAGCCACGCCGGCACCUGCAGUAGUUAUGCAGGGAUUACUUGCUCUGUUAUUCAUCAUGGCCGGGGACAUAGAAAUGCUUAUCGAAAUGGCUUCAUUCCUGAUAUGGUUUUUCUACGGGUCGGCAGUUAUUGCCCUGUUGGCUUUGCGUAAAACUCAACCGAACGUACAUCGUCCCUACAAGGUGCCACUAAUUGUGCCAUAUCUCACGCUGGCUGUGUCUAUAUUUUUGUCCGUCGUACCAAUAGUGUCGGAUCCAUCGCCGAAAUACUUCUUUGCCGUCGGAUUCAUUCUGAGCGGCGUUGCCGUAUACAUUCCUUUCGUUUACUACAGAAUACGGCCGAAAUGGAUGGAUAAAGUAACAUAUUUAAUCCAAGUGUUGUUCGAAGUUGUUCCAACUUCUGAAAAGUCAGAAUAAAUAUAAGUUUCAUAAGAAUUUUAAUUUAAAAAAAGAGUCUAGAAGAUAAGAUCAAUUUUACUAUCAAUGUUUAAUAAACUACCUCUUAUGUUCAAAUGUUUUUUUUUUAUAAAAUGAAAAAUUUCAAUGCCUUUGUUAAAAUAUUUUUAGGUUUUUUUUUUAAGUCUUGUUUCAGCAGGACGUAUCUGGACAAACCGUAUCGGAAUUUCGGAAAAUAUAAGAUAAGAUUACAUUAUUUUUUAAUUUUGUAUUUUAUUGUACUUUCAUAGUUCACCAAACUAUGUUUUCUGUUUCUUCCAACGGUUUAAAGUCGAUGAAACAAAAUUCACUGUUCGGAGGUUUCACUGUUCUGUAAAGGUAAGUUAAGGGGCGAGAAAAAAGGAUUUGACAUACAUUCAAUAAUCAAUCUAAGAGUGCAAUAGUGAAAUAUAAACAUGUUCAGGUUGAUCAGGUUUUACACUACUUCGAGAGAUUUCUGUUGCACAUUGUUUCUGUUCUUUCGGAACAUGUGUUAGUCGUAUUAUAUUGUUUAUUUCGGCUGAUUACCGCUUUUCAAAGAUACCACAUUCACCUAUUGAUUUCACAGCAGAUUACUGUUACUCAUAACAGGGUAGCCUCUUUGUUUAUAAUAUGAAAUAAAUAUCAGAAACAAAGUAAUUUAAAGUGUUGCUACUAGAUAACUUUAGUCACACAUUUGGAUUAAUGUUGCUAUAUCAUAUCACAUUUAUAUAAUCAAUCGUACGGAGGAUUGACAAUAAUCCAAACUAACGUAAAAAAAAUCUUCACAUUCUCUCGCUGCUGUGUGUUCACACUUGCCUACUGGUGACAAUAUUAUAGGAUAAUCCUAAUCCUAGAUUUUUGUAGCAUUCAGUUAAAACUAUCAAAUGAUUACUUCCAACCCUAACGUCGAUGAAUUUGAUAAAAGUCAAUUUAAAAUGAUCAAUGUGCAUGAAUUAUAGGUAAAUAUAAAUUAAACGCGUUUAGUUCAUUGCCACUGCGGGCGGAGGGAAUGCAAAAGGUUGGCCUCCUUGUGGUGGAAGGCUGGUGAAUUGGUACGACGAGGGUAGCGCCGGUGCAGGUUUGGGAAAACUGUUAAACUGUCCGUUGGCUUGGCUUGCGGGACCAGAACUGUAGGGUUUGUAGGAUCCAUAGGUAUUGCUUGAGGGCGCUGCACCACCUUGAUGAGGCGGGGGCUUAUUGAACCCACCGGCGCUACCGCUCGACGAGUAUGGUGGUGGCGCUCCAGCUGGCGUCGAGAAUCGACUCUGACGUGGUGGUCCGGAUCCGUUCAUCAUUCGAUUAGCUCCAUGAUCGCGCUGCUGGCCUCCACCAUUCAUAGCCGGCUUCGCACCAUAUUUGUUCUCGCCACCACCACCCAUUCCUCCGCCAAAUUUGUUGCCUCCAUCGCGAUUACCGAAACGCUGUCCACCACCAUAGCCUCCGUCACGCGGGGGACGAUUCUGCUGUCCACCAAAACGAUUGUUACCGUAGCGAUUGUUUCGGCCACCCCGUCCGAAGCCACCUUUGGCCAUUUCCAUAAGUUUGGGGUUAAUAACCUGUGGAUGAUCAAAAAGAAGCAUUAGAAUGUUUGGUACAAUUUCAAAAACUAAAGCAGUUUUACCUGAUUGGCUUCCCUCAGCACGUUGAUGAGAUCUCCCGCUUUAUUGGCGUUGCCAUUGGUGAACAGCGUAUAUGCGGUGCCGGUAUUGUUAGAACGACCCGUUCUGCCAAUCCGGUGUACGUAAUCCUCUGAGUUAGAUGGAUAGUCGUAAUUAAUUACGAACUUAACAUCUUCUACAUCUGAGGAUUGACAUUGGGUAGCGCAGUAAAUGGGAAGAAUAGUGUUAUUACAACGAAGAUUCGGAAAAAGUUGAACAACAGAGUUUUACAUAGUUCUUGUGGUGGAUCAUUUCAAAACGAAAAUUGAUUGUCCACAAGAUCACAGUGUACGAUAUUACUUUACAUGUGGGAUCAUAUUCAAAGUCCAUUAAAACAGAUUUUACAAAAUAUUUCUUCCAUUGUUUGAUGAGGAAUCCAGUUUUCAUCCGCGCAAAUUGUGAUGAUAUAUUUUUGUUGAUUUGUCAAUUAUCUUAGUUAAAAGACGCUCCUUACAAACUUUCUUGGUUACACACUGAACAAGCGUCUUCUUUUCAUCAAAAGCCAAAACUAAAUUAGAUUCAAUCCAUCACAGUUUUCAAACCUUGCUUCGGGUGAAACGUUUUCUUCAUCAAUAUUGGCCGUGCCUUUGAUUAUUUUAUGUUUUCCUUUUCAAUAUCAUUAGAACGAGCAGUACGAGCGGUUUCCCACACAAUGUCUCACUCCUUUUAAAACGGGGUUCACCCCCCAAUAAUCAAAUUCACUUGUGAAAUGUCUGUUUUAAGCACAUUACCUAGCUUUUGUUCAGUCAAAUUGGCUGGCAGAUCAUUUUUAUGUUUGACAAUUUCGAUUUCUAUGCAUAUUUCACUCACUUACAACUGACUGUAGCGUCAAGUAUUAGAGGCACUUAAUGGAUUGUUAUUGUAGGAUUAUGGUCAUUUUAUUAGAAUCACUGUUUUGUAUACUGGUAUAUACUAAUGUUUGAAGCAGUCGAUAAUAAUUCCUACUUAUCUUGCUUUCACAGGAAUAUAACCAUUGAAACAAACGAAGCUUCAAAAGAAAAUAAUUAUUUUUAAGCGAAAAACUACCGGUAUAGAAAUUAUUAGCAUCCAACCUUUCACGGGAAACUGAUUGCUCUGGGAUAUGAGUGUGAGGUGGCGUUAAACUGAGUCAAAGCCUUCAGAAGUUCAAGAGCAACAGGUUUUGGCAACUAGUUUGAAACCAUGAUUUAAAGAGAUAAUCCAUCAUGCCCUUUCAAGUGAUGAGUGAAUGAAACAUUGCAAAUCAUAUUAGCAAUAGAAACGAGUCAUUACAAUCCCGAAACCCAGAGAACAUCAUUUAAUCAUAUUAUCUAUUCAUGACUGUUACUUUCUUUUGAUUCUAUUUUAUCGUUAAACCUGAUUGAUUUACAAAACUAUUUGUUUUCCAAAUCCCUCUCCGUUAGUGAACAUGAGAUAAGCAAUACUCUCAUCCGACAUUUAUUUGUUUCCAUAUCAAUGAGUUUCUCUGUGUUCGCACCCGAGAUUGCUUACCCUUAUCAAUAAUUAAGAGCUAUUGCUGUUUUAGAUAAACCAAAUACACCCUGCAAUAUCGAUUGCCUCCAUAUUUGUUGCUCAAGGUGGCGAGACCAAAAGCGGAAAAUAUUUUCCCACCCUCUGUUUCUUCUAAACGCACAGCAUAAAGGCGUACAAAAGAUUAGUUUGUUAGGUUCAAGAAAAGAAAUGAUUCUUUUUUAUAUUUUUCCUGGUAUUCACUUUUAUGAUUAGGAUUGAAAAUUAAA